AUGGCGAGCUCAGAGAUAGGCUCAAGCACCAGCAAUAUUACAGGAAGUGAGUUUCAAGUAUUCCUGAGUUUUAGAGGGCUAGAUACUCAUCGUGGGUUCACUAGCAGCCUUUAUCAUGCCUUGGUAGAUGCCGGGAUUCGUGUUUUCAUCGAUGAUGAAGAGCUUCGACUGGGUGAAAGAAUUAGUGACAACCUUCUACAAGCGAUCAAUGAUUCCAAGCUCUACAUACCUAUUUUUUCCAAAAACUACGCUUCAAGUCAUUGGUGCCUCCGCGAGCUUGCGAAGAUGGUGGAGAACACCUCUAAAUCUAAAGAAGAUGAGAAGAAGGUCAUAUUGCCCAUCUUCUAUGAUGUGAAUCCAUAUGACGUGAAGUUGAAAACCAUGUUGUAUGGAAAGGCCAUAUCGAAAUUAAAGCAAGAGAUGGAGGAUCGGAAGAAGUUCAGCUCCAAGGAUGUAGAGAUGUGGUGCCAAGCUCUUAAAGAAGUUGGCGGCACCAAGGGAUGGGAACUAGAGAAAUAUUAG